GUCCCACGUGCAGCACCGCAACGCACCGAACCGGGGCAGCUCCGCGUCCAUCGCGCUGCGCCGCAACCGGCACCGGCAGCACCGGGACCGGCACCGGCGGGGCGUGUCCGGGCGCUGAUUGGUCCCGCUGCGCCGCACGUGCCGGAAGGGGCGGGGCCGUUGUCGGGUUGGGGCGAUGGCGGCGGCGCUGCAGCGGGUACCGGACGUGGAGAUCGACGCUGGCGGCGUGUUCAAGUACGUGCUGCUGAGAGUGCGGCCCCGCGGGGACGCGGGCACCGGGAAGGACGUGGUGCGCGGGCACGGCUGGGCCGAGUAUCACGCCGACAUCUACGACCGGGCGGCGGCCGAGCUGGAGCCGCAGGGGUUGGACUGCGAGUGUCUGGGCGGCGGGCGGAUCUCACACCGGAGCCAGGAGAAGAAGAUCCACGUGUACGGGUACUCGGUGGGCUUCGGGCGAGCGAAUCACUCUGUGACUACAGAGAAGCUGAAAGCCAAGUACCCAGACUAUGAGAUCACCUGGGCAGAUGAGGGAUACUGAUGUGACCUGGCAGGGCAGCAGCACCAGCCCGGAGCUGGUGGGAUCGCUUCCAGCACUCACAAAAUGGCAGCACAGUCUCCAUGCUCCGUGACGCCCUGAGCUCCGCUGGACUUCUCUCUUGAACUCACUGCACUGAUGAGCUUCCAUCUCCUGGGGGAACCCACCCGUCUCUGCUGUCCCCACACUUCCCAUGUGCCAUGGACUCCUCCCGUCUCCCUGCCACGGAGCCGCAAAGCCUGCAGGCAAAGUCCUUACCUGGGUGAAGCAGGUGGGUGCUCGGCUUCCCCUGUGGCAAGGAUUUGUCCAUGUAUAUGUGAGAAUUAAACACGUUGGGGAGUGCCGCUGCCUCUG